GCGGGCAGGGCCGGCGGCUGCGCUCGGGGCCGCCCCUCCUCCGGCGCCGCCGCAGUGUCGUGCCCGGCCGGGCCCGGAGCCGGGCGCUGCCGGCGGAGGAUCUUAACUUGCCAAGAUGCCCAUCCCUGUUGAUGAUGUGAUGCAGCUGCUCUGCCACGUCUCUGAGGCGAGGGGGAUGAAAGCUGCUGUCAAACACUCUGGUCGGGGAGCACUGCUGGCAGGUGCCACAGCCUUUCUUGGGGGUCUGGUGGGAGGUCCCCCUGGAAUCGCUGUAGGUGGAGCAUUUGGUGGAUUGCUUGGUGCCUGGAUGACUUCUGGACAGUUCAAACCAGUCCCUCAGAUUUUAUUGGAAUUGCCUCCUACUGAGCAGCAGAAACUCUAUGAUGAAGCUGUUGAUGUUAUCAGGCACUUAGACUGGACGGAUGUUGUUCAGCUGACUGCUCUGGUCAUGGGCAAUGCUGGGCUGCAGCAGAAGCUCACAGCGGUGCUGGUCAAUUAUCUCUCCAAAGAGCUGAGAGCACAGAUAGAGUACGGAGAAUGAACCUUUCCAGAGCAGGCCUUUUACACUCUAGUGGAUUUUACUGGCAGUUGUGAUUCUGCAACACAGCAAUUAUUAGUUAGCAGUACCAAUUAUAAAUAUAGGCAGAUCAAAAUAUUGUUUGGGUGUUGGGUUUUGGCGUUUGGGAUUUUUUUAUUAUUUUUAUUUUAUGUGGAUUUUUAAGGAUAGUGUUAGAUUGAAGCAUUAACCUGACACCGACUCGCUAUGUAAUUUUGAAUUACUCUGCACUAGGACUAAUUCAAAUCGCUGAAGGGAAUUACAUUUCUCUUAUGUUAAUGUAACACUAGUGAAAAUUUUCAAAGUCAUUGUGUUUUAUUUAGGAAAUUUAUUUCUGUUUGUGUAAGUGCUUUAUUUUUUUUCUGUGAAUGACAAUAAGGUGCCAAAGUAGCUAGGGCACUUCAAAGGAUUUUACCUACUGUUUCAGUCCUGCCAAGGGAAAUUAUAAGAAAAUGUGUUCUUCUACUGUGAACUCAGACUCAGUCCUUACUUUGUUGUUUGUCACGUUUUUAUUGUAAUUCUUGAGUUAUUUAUUUCUUUAUGUAAGAAGUGAAGCAAAUGCCUAAACAGAUUUCAAGCAACAGGAAAACAAACUGUGAACAAUUUCAAUUCAGUUUUCAGUUUCAUUUUCACCAAGUUCCUGGUGCCCUAGAAUGGGAAGGCAUGGCAAGAAUAUUCUUUUUAAAAAAUGGGGAGCUGAAUCUGCUGGUUUUACAUUAGCCCCAGCAUCAGGAUUGUCAUUUCAGCAUUGGUUUCUUGACUGAAUCUGAACAGCUGGUCCUCUGUUUUCAUUAAAAUAUUCAUAAGAAACAUCACAGUGAUCUGUGUUUUGUGUUAAAUGCAAUGAACUCUUUAAGAAUUAAACCAGGCUUGUACUGGGCAGCCAGCAGUUGGCAGCAGUGGUGGUGGUGGGGUGGAGGGAUGUGCCAGCUGCAGUUAUUACUGUAAGCAUCAAAUGCCAUGUUGCUGAAUGUCCCAGCCAGUUGUUCACAUUUGGUUUCAAGGCACUUGUAAAAUAAGUUUCGAAGUAGAAAAUUGUGCAGGUGUGCCUUCUUUUUAUGUAAAAACAAGUGAAACUGCUCUGAUAGUUCAUUUUUUGCCUAAAAUAAAGGUCUAGCUCUCUGUGUGUGGUGAGGUUUCUAGAAGUUGAGGUUUAAAUGAUAAAGCUUUGAACUCAGAA